GUGAAGAGCAAGGGGGCCGCGGUUUCGAGCUUCCGACCCUGGCCAGGCCGGUUCCUUGUCGCACCCCUGCCAGCAGCUCGUCUUGGCAAAGGUUUACGUAUCCAGAGGGAAGCUCUCUUCAGCACAGGACACCCACACACGUCCGCGGCAGAACCCCCAUGCAACCAAGACAUCGCGGCGCUUCCUGUCGCCAAUUCUCGACGGCCUGAAAAAGUGUUUCCCUAAAACGACCACCAGCGGGAUUGCAGGCUUCUCUCCCACCCACGCCCCUCGUUUUCUGUCUUUGAACAGCAGCGCGCAGCAGCAGCAGCCAUGUUGCGCCCGGCGCUCUCGCUCCUCGUGCUGGCCCUCAGCUCCGCCGGCGCCGCUGUUAGCUCCAGCGGCAGCCGGCUGCUGGUGGUGCUGGACGACGUCGCGGACAAGGACAAGUACUCCAAAUUCCUGGGCGACCUGACAAGCAGGGGAUUCGACAUCACAUACAGCACUCCCAAAGCCGAGUCGCUGCAGCUCUUCCGUCUUGGCCAGCGCACUUACGACCAUGCCAUUUUCUUCCCGACCAAGGUCAAGGGCCUCGGCCCCAACCUGACCCCGAACACGCUCCUGCAGUUCGUCAAGGAGAACGGCAACAUCCUACUGGCCCUGUCGUCCGAGAUGGCCGCGUCCUCGUCCAUCGUUUCGCUGCUCCACGAGCUCGAGAUCCAGCUGCCCGCCGAGCGGACCGGCCUGGUUGUCGACCACUUCAACUACGACGCUGCCUCGGCCCCAGACCUGCACGACGUCGUCCUCGUGCCAGCCCCGGCCCCCGUCCGCCCGGGUGUCGCCGAUGUCUUCGCCGCCCCCGGUGAGGAGCGCCUCCUCGCCUUCCCCCGCGGCGUCGCCCAGACCCUGGGCCAGAGCCCGCUCCUGAAUCCCGUCCUGCGCGGGCCCCGCACCGCCUACAGCUACGACCCCAAGGAGCAGGGCGACAGCGUCGACCCCGAUCAGCUGUUCGCGGCUGGCCAGCAGCUGAGCCUAGUCAGCGCCGCCCAGGCCCGCAACUCAGCCCGCGUUGCCGUCGUCGGCUCGGCCGAGAUGCUCGCCGACAAGUGGUUUGACGCAAAGGUCAAGCCGGCCGGCGGCGCCAAGGACGAGGUCGCCACUUACAACCGCGAGUUUGCCAGCCGCAUCAGCGCCUGGGCCUUCCAGGAGCUGGGUGUCUUGCGCGUCAACUGGAUCGAGCACCACCUGAACGAGGCUGGCGCGAGCAACGCCUCGAACCCGUCCAUCUACCGGGUCAAGAACGAUGUGACCUACACCAUCUCGCUCUCCCAGUACGACGGCAAGGCCUGGGGUCCUUUCACCGUCCCCGCCGCCGACGAGCUCCAGCUCGAGUUCUCGAUGCUCUCGCCCUUCCACCGCCUGCCGCUCAAGGCCGCGGCGCUGCAGCCGGCGCCCAAGGAGGCAACUGCCUACUCGGUCUCGUUCAAGACGCCCGACCAGCACGGCAUCUUCAACUUCAAGGUCAACUACAAGCGCCCCUUCCUCACCAACAUCGAUACCAAGGACACCGUUUCGGUCCGCCACAUGGCCCACGACGAGUGGCCGCGCUCCUACGUCAUCUCGGGCGCCUGGCCCUGGAUCACGGGCAUCGGCGCCACCGUGACCGGCUGGCUCGCGUUUGUCAUCGUCUUCAUGUUCAGCGCGCCCGCGAAGAAGGCGUCGGCUGCCAAGAAGACACAAUGAGUGGGGCAAGUUGGGAUUUGUGAGGUCUCGUCAUGGUUAGGCAGGGAGGGAAAAGGGAACUUAAAAAUAAAUGCAAUAGAAUCAACCAGUCACCCCCAAAGGGAGGAAACCACCGCGACAAGUUCUGGGGCGUGUAUACCGGGUCAUUUCAUGGGCGACGUAUUCAAACCCAUGACAGUGUGAAAGAAGCGAGCUCAUUUAUUCUGGGAGCAUAUGAACGGUUGAUGGAUGGAAGAGAGCUACAGAGUGGGAUUCCACAUUUAGACCAAGUGAUUGCUUGUUUGUUAGGAUCACCUGUUACAUUAUCUUGAAGGAUGUUGCUAGGUGGAAAAAAUUGCGACUGAUACCGA